GCGUACUCCCGCGCAGCCUCCAGUGGCCGGCCGCGUUGCGCACGCGCAUCAUUCACGAAAUGUCGUUCAACCGAUAACUUUAAAUAUAGAGCAACGUUUUUGAAUAUUGUUCGAUUAACUGUCAAGUUUUGAAUAUCGUUCGAUUGUAAUAAUAACUGUCAAUUGUUUAAGUGUAAUUUUUGUUGUUUUUUUUUGUUUGUGAAAAAUGUGAACAUUUUUGUGCUUGAGUGUAUUUUUAAAGGAUUUAUUCAUGAAGAAUAUUAUUGGUGAUGGUUACCGUGGUGCGAUAGUGUGCGCAGUGCUGGCGUGGUGCGCAUGCGCGGCGCUGUGCGCGCCGGCGCAGCUGUGCUCGGGCGGCGCGGAGAACGACCCGCGCGCCGCCCGCUUCUGCCAGGCGCUCAACACCUUCCUGGAGCUGUACGCAGAGGCGGCCGGGGAGCAGGUGCCAGAGUAUCAAGCCCUGGUGCGCGAUUACCCCCAGCUGCUGGACACGGGCAUGAAGCGGCAGGACGUGCAGCACUCGUUCCUGCGUUUCGGUCGCCGGCGCUGACCGCCCGGCCCCCGCCGCGGUCUCGCCGCACCCACGCUAACACUCCGCAACUCACACACAGCGACCAGGCUUAGAUUCUUUGCUAAUAUAACAUAUAUUUAGUUAUUUACGUUAUUUCGUCCAAAAUAUUUAAAAAGUUCCUUUAUAAUGUAAGACCGUAUCAAAAUGCUAGGUAUCCGAACACUGCGUAAUUAAAAAAGCACACUUGACAUCGAGACGUCAACGACACCUGACGUCAAACCUCUCUCUCCAAAUUCUAAUAGAGUAUAUUUAGAAUUAUUAUAAAGAAAUGUACUUAUUGCUAAAAGUAUUAAUAGUGUUUAAGAUGUAAUAAAACGAUCUUGUUGUCAACAUUUUUGUGGCAUUUCAUUUGAUAAGCGUAAGACUAUUUAAAUAAUUAUUAUGAUGUUUUAAAUAAAUAAAGUAUGUAUUUAUGACAAGCUUA